CAAGUGAGUCAACCACUAGCUGGUGGCUUAGCUAUAUGGCACAUCUAACAACGAACCCUUCAUGAAUCAUGGGUGCUUAUUACGACGAGAUCGAAAUCGAAGAUAUGGCAUGGGAUGAGGUAAAAGGUGUCUACCACUAUCCCUGCCCCUGCGGUGCCCGCUUCGAAAUCUCUCGCAAGCAGCUCGCCAGCUGCGAGGAUAUCGCGACGUGUCCGAGCUGCAGUCUGAUCAUCAGAGUUGUCUAUGAUCCACUUGAUUUUGAAGAUGAAUCUCCAGAUGACGAGGGGUCUGCGUCGCAGGAAAGUGGAGAAGAUGAGGAGGAAAGUGACAACAGUGACGACGACCAGUUCGAGGAUGCUCUUGAGAAGCUUACUCUAACUGAACCAUCGGCAGCGUUGGUUGCAACGGCAGCAUAAGAGAUUAAUUUCCUCGCUCAUCCGUCUGGAUGAUGCUGCUGGAUGAUAGUCUAUGGCGCACUACAAUAUUAAUGCAUGUAUGUUGUCGAGUAUCCUCCACGAAUGCUCUUACUAAAUGACAACUCGUCUUCGACACUA